CUGUGGGCGCGCGGAGCCCAGCCGCCCCAAGAGGACAGAUUCCGCUCGACUGCCUGCACCCCUUCACUUAAAAAAUACAAAACUUUAUUUGGGGUUAGUUGGGGCCUACAUCAGGCCUUCAAUCUAUGCAGAAGAAAGGCGAGCCCUAGUAGAGAAGCGGCGGAAAUCGGGCACCGGUUAGGGAGGGUGGAAAGCGCUUUAUCAGAUCUCCUGGCCAGCUGCAGGCGAUAGCGCUGGUAACCCGAGUAGGGUAAAUAGAGACACGUGGGUGCCGGCGAGAGAAAGCCGCAGCGGGACUGCGCGGGAGGGCUAUUUCGGGCUGCGCCCAGAGGCUCAGAUGAGGUGGGGGGAUGGACCCUGAUAUUCGACACUCCACUGGCCACCCUCAUUCAACAACUGGGAAAUCCUCCGGAGGAAAUCCGGUCGAAAAGUCCUGACACCCAAAUGAUUUCACCAACGUUUUUCCCCUUCAGAGAAACUUGGAGGGUAUACCCUUUUUCCUUAAAUGGCAUUACUUCUGCCCCCAAAAAGAAAGCGCGUGGUUUUGGGGGCGGGGACAUUAUGGGUUUUAAACAACACGUUUUAAGAACACCUCAGAGUUACCUUCUCUAUCCCAAUGGCAGGGGUGGCCAGACAAGCACAGACCUCUCAGGAGUCCUACCACGACAAGGCCAGAGAACACCCUGAUGAUGGAAAGCAUCCAGAUGGAGGCCUCUACAACAAGGGACCCUCCUACUCUAGUUAUUCUGGCUACAUAAUGAUGCCAAAUAUGAAUAACGACCCAUACAUGUCAAAUGGAUCCCUUUCUCCACCCAUCCCAAGAACAUCAAAUAAAGUGCCCGUGGUGCAGCCGUCCCAUGCGGUCCACCCGCUCACCCCCCUCAUCACUUACAGCGACGAGCACUUUUCUCCAGGAUCACACCCGUCACACAUCCCAUCAGAUGUCAGCUCCAAACAAGGCAUGUCCAGACACCCACCAGCUCCUGACAUCCCCACCUUCUACCCGCUGUCUCCGGGCGGUGUUGGCCAGAUCACCCCACCUCUUGGCUGGCAAGGUCAGCCUGUAUACCCGGUCUCGGGUGGAUUCAGGCAGCCCUACCCGUCCUCACUGUCAGUCGACACUUCCAUGUCCAGGUUUUCCCAUCAUAUGAUUCCUGGUCCUCCUGGUCCCCACACAACUGGCAUCCCUCAUCCAGCCAUUGUAACGCCUCAGGUCAAACAGGAGCAUCCCCACACUGACAGUGACCUAAUGCACGUGAAGCCUCAGCAUGAACAGAGAAAGGAGCAGGAGCCCAAAAGACCUCACAUUAAGAAGCCUCUGAAUGCUUUUAUGUUAUACAUGAAAGAAAUGAGAGCGAAUGUCGUAGCUGAGUGUACCUUAAAGGAAAGUGCAGCUAUCAACCAGAUCCUCGGCAGAAGGUGGCAUGCCUUGUCCCGUGAAGAGCAGGCUAAAUAUUAUGAAUUAGCGCGGAAAGAAAGACAGCUACAUAUGCAGCUUUAUCCCGGCUGGUCUGCAAGAGACAAUUAUGGUAAGAAGAAGAAGAGGAAGAGGGAGAAGCUGCAGGAGUCUGCAUCAGGUACAGGUCCAAGAAUGACAGCUGCCUACAUCUGAAACAUGGUGGAAAACGAAGCUCAUUCCCAACGUGCAAAGCCAAGGCAGCGACCCCAGGACCUCUUCUGGAGAUGGAAGCUUGUUAAAACCCAGACUGUCUCCACGGCUUGCCCAGUCGACCCCAAAGGAGCACUGACACCAACGUUACCCUGAGGUCAUUGCUAGAGACGCUGAUCCAUAGAGACAAUCACUGCCAACUCACCUUUUGUCUACUGCAAGAGCCAAUUUCCAAAAGAAAGCAUAAAAAGGUUGUUUUUUAGAAAAAGAAAUUAAAAAGCACAUGAGAAUGCUAGCAGGCCCCGGUCAGCUGAGCAGCUUUUCUCCCCUCGUCUCUGAGUGCACGUCCCAGAGCAUCUUGCGUCCAUACCUGUACCUUUUGGCAAGGACAGUAACUUGGCUCCGUGUGCCUGCCACGCGCAACUGGAGCCAGCAACCAGCACAUCUAUCAGCACCCCAGUGGAGGAAUUUGUGGAAGAGUUCCCCCUUUGUUUCUGUCUUCAUUUUUCUUUCUCUUCCUUUCUCCUAAAAGCUUUUAUUUAACAGUGCAAAAGAUCAAUCUUAUGUUUGCUUCUUUUUUUUUUUAACUUGAAUUUUUAAAAAUUACACUUCUUAGUUUUAAUUUUCCUGUAUAUUUUGCUAGCUAUGAGCUUUAAAAAAAAAUUCAAAGGUCUGGAAAAGUUUGAAAUAAAAACAAAAUGAAAAGAAGCCUCUUCUGAGACAUCUUGUCUAAUAAGUGGCUUCUCUGUGAAUUGCCUGUAAUGAAUAAUGGCCUCUGUCCUUGUAAGGUGUUCGAUAGAGCUAAAUAAACAUAAUAGCCAAAUCCACUGUUGGUAGCAAUUGGCAAUCCUAUUUCACUCACUUUUUCUUUUUUUUUUUUCUUUUUUUAAAUGGUAAACCUUAACAGAUACUGUCAGCAGACUGGUUUGCAGUGAAUUUUCAUUUCUUUCCUUUUCACUCCCUUGUUGUAAAAAGCCCAGCACUUGAAUUGUUAUUACUUUAAAUGUUCUGUAUUUGUAUCUGUUUUUAUUAGCCAAUUAGUGGGAUUUUAUGCCAGUUGUUAAAAUGAGCAUUGAUGUACCCAUUUUUUUUUUUUUUUUAAAUAGCAAGGCACAGCCUUUGCCCCAAAUUGUCAUCUAACAUUUGUCAUUCCAGUUUGAGUUAACGUGCUGAGCAUUUUUUAAAAGAAGCUUUGUAAUAAAACAUUUUUUUAAAAGUG